GAACGCCUCUAUUUCAAUAGUCGCGAAUACUACCACCUGCAGUUCAGUAUCGUCUACCUCUCGCCAGACACAGAUUAUUUUCUCUCUCCUAGGGUUUUCCUUCGCGAAUACAUUCAUUAAAUUAACCUUCGAUUUACUCCCAUUUGCUCUCAAUGGAUCGCCGAUCAAACUACUCAUACCCUCGCCGAUCGAAACCACAAAAGUUCUACGUUGAAGACGAUGACGACGAUGAAAAUGACGUUGUUUUAGCAGGCAUCCCUGAUUCUGACACCGACGAAGAAGAAAAUAACGAUGACGAUGAUGAAGAUUUCAGCACUCACCAAAGUCGUCGUACACCAACACGACACCGUCGCAAACAAAGAAAACUCUCUUCUUACAAUCACCAAUUUACCCCUAAUUCCUCUAACAAUUCUGAUUGGUCGGAACAAGCAACAUCUGUACUUUUAGAAAUUUGGGGUGAAAGAUUUCUUCAAUUGGGAAGAAGUAGUUUAAGGAGUGAUGAUUGGAACGAUGUAGCUGAGCGCGUAUCGGAUGUUACUAGGUCGAAACGCAGCGUUUUAGAUUGUCAAAACAGAUUGAAUGUGCUUAAAUUGAAGUAUAAGAAGGAAAAAGCUAAAGUUAGUGGCAUUGGAGGUGGAAAUAGUAAAUGGGUUCAUUUUAAAAAGAUGGAUGUUUUUUUGACAAUGUUACCUAGACAAUUACAGCAGCAAGAACAGUUUGGGUUAGCUUGUGGGGUUGAUUCAGGCGAAUUCGUGUUUAUGAAUCCGAGGUUCUAUUUGGAUCAUUCGAAUGCAUGUGAUGAAAUGAGGGAUAGCCCCGGAAAUUCUGAAUUCGAGUUGGGGGAGGGUGAUGAGGGUGAGGAUGAGGAGGACGAUGAGGAGGUCAAUGAAGAAGAGGCGAAUGAGUCAUAUAGGAUGUUGUCUGAAUCGAUUAAGAGGGUGGGAGAUAUAUAUGAGAAGAUUGAGGAUAGUAAGAAGGUUCAUAUGAUGGAAUUGGAGAGAAUGAGGUUGGAGUUUCAGAAAGAAUUAGAGGAACAAAAGAAGGAAAUGAUGGAUCGAACGAAGACCGAGAUUGCAAAGUCGAAGGAAAAGGGUGAUGAGGGUAGUGAUUGUUCUGUUGAGAAUAUGAGUGAAUAAUGUAGGUUGUUCCUUUUUACUUCUACUAAUUUUGUUUUUCCUAUGUCAUCAAUAUUUGUUCUUUCUUGUGUCUGCAGACAAUGACAAUGUAGUUGUGUUUAAUGUUUUGAUUAAAUGCAAGGAUAGAAAUGGUAACUUGGUGAUCAUAAUGUUGCUAUCUAUUUGAAGAGUUGUUGACACAA